UGUCAGUGAAAGUGCAUUCUGUGUGCUUUCGAUGGAGAUUCGCCAGCGCCUUGGAUUCGCCCUUUGCAUGCCCAACUGCUGAAAUGUCUACUACCCGCCCGAAGACGGCGCAUCAGACGGCUGAUGCACCGCCUCAGCUCUCUACCUUUGCAGUUUUCUGCGUAUUCUCCUUCGCCAAUCUCGUCGCUGCCGCAUUCUCUCCGAUCCAAGACUGCGACGAAGUCUUCAAUUACUGGGAACCAAGCCACUACCUCAACCAUGGCUACGGUCUCCAGACUUGGGAGUACUCUCCCGACUACGCCAUCCGAAGUUGGGCCUAUACUGCCAUACACUCGCUUGUGAUUGGGCUCGCGAUGCUACCUAUGCAGUCGCUAGGCUUGCAAAGAUCCAAAGUCUUCGAGUUCUAUUUCCUGCGAGCCGUUCUGGCGGUAGUCUGUGCAGCAUGCCAGACUCGCAUGUACACUGCUAUUAGAAAGACGUUCGAGGUGCGGGUCGCAUCGUUCUUUGCGAUGAUCAUGGUUAUAAGUCCGGGCAUGUACCAUGCUGCCCCUGCAUACCUCCCGUCGAGUUUCGCCAUGAAUUGUGCAAUGCUUGGAUUUGCGUCUUUCAUGGACUGGUCUAAAAGCACCAUGAGGACUGCCCAGGGUAUUACAUGGUUCGCUGUAGGCAGUGCCCUGGGUUGGCCUUUUGCAGGCGCUCUCGCUCUGCCAUUCAUUGCAGAAGACGUCAUUGCGGGCCUAUUCACUGGCACAAUUCUAGAAAGUUUGCGGAGAGUACUACUCAAUGGCGCGAGCAGAGCACUCGUCGUUGUACUCUUACAAACCGUCAUCGACUCGCUCUUCUACAGGAAGCUCGUGUGCGUGCCACUGAACAUUGUACUUUACAACGUCUUCAGUGGGGGUAGCAGAGGCCCUGAUAUCUAUGGCGUGGAGCCAUGGCACUUCUACGUUCGCAACCUGGCCCUGAACUUUAACAUAUGGUUCUUUCUUGCGUUGGCUGCUCUACCACUACUACUUAUCCAGUAUCUUGUCUUUGACCGGGCUGUUUAUCGCAGCACGCUCACCAGAUCUAUCACUUUCGUCAGCCCAUUUUACUUAUGGUUAACGAUAUUCACGGUCCAGCCUCACAAAGAAGAGAGAUUUAUGUACCCUGCAUACCCAGCCCUAGCCUGGAACGCAGCCCUCUCCUUGCACAUCUUGCUAGCCAACUUUGGCUCGAUGGACCCACGACGUCUAGUAAGCAAGAUACCUCCGAUGGUGAAGCUUGUCAUUGUCUGUAUACCUGUGCUUCUGUCUUUAAACCUGGGCAUUCUAAGGAUCAACGGCCACAUGUCCGCAUACUCAGCACCACUGAAAGUUUACAAGCCAUUGUUCGACCCGGCAGUCGCCCAUCCAGGAGACACUGUGUGUCUAGGGAAGGAGUGGUAUCGCUUUCCGUCUUCGUUCAACUUACCUCAGGGAGUUCGUGCCAAAUUUAUCAAGAGCGAAUUCUCCGGUCUUCUGCCAGGCGAGUUCAGCGAGGCUGACGCCGCUCUCGGAAUGUUCCCUGGCACAUGGUUGGUCCCGUCUGGAAUGAACGACGAAAACUUGGAAGAUCCUAGCAAAUAUACCAACAUCGACCAGUGCGACUUUAUUGUUGACUCGCGCUCUGCUGGAGCUCCUCCAACAUCCCUCGAGCCUGAUUAUGUCUCCAAUACAGAAGAAUGGGAGGCCUUGAAAUGUCUUCCUUUCCUGGACGCAAGCAAGACACAUACUAUUAGUCGCAUGCUUUGGGUCCCAGAUCUACCCGUGAUCCCGGCUAAGUUCCGCCGCCAAUGGGGCGAUUACUGCCUGUUGCAACGCAGGGGUCAAAAGAGCGCAUAGCAUAGAUGUGGUACUGCGGGUCGUCUGAUAUAAUGUGUAGUCAAUUAGGUCCUGUUAGAUAGAGGAGCAAGGGACAAGAAGGCAACUCUUCUUGCCGAAUGCCGACGCGCUCCAACUUGACCAGACGCACUCGACAGCCGUUACAUUCCCUGAUCACCUUACCCACAGGGUACGAGGAAGCUCGGUCCUGUUAUCGAGGGUGACGACCAGCUCUGUUCGGUGCUUCGCGUCGAUAGACACCAAGUCUAACCGAGUGGGGUAUUGCUUUCCCCGCCUAGACUGGGAGAUAACCACCACUGACGACACAUGCGCGACAACCCCACACUGUCAUGGGUCGUUAUCGCAGGAAUUCAUUGGCUUGUAUAUAUGCUGAAACAAUAAAAGGAAGCUAUUUUACACACCUC